AUGCCUGUUCGAGGAGCCGCUGCGUCGCCGCCGUCGCACUAUCCCCGUAAACCCACGCCGACGACCGGCAUCGACGGCAAUCGAAUGGUACGUACAACCCCUUUCAACCCAUUCGAACCCGGCACUGACCUUGGAACGUCUCUGAUCUUCCUCUUUGCCUCUGUGCGUGCGGUCCUGAUCGUCGUCGUCGUUGUGGCUCGCGCGCUCGCGCUGUCUCUCCACAAAAGGACGCCGCGUCGUACUUGACCCAGGUGCAGUCGCGCGCCUCGGUACGGACGCGAUCAUUGUCGAAUGGCUCCUCGUCGCUCAUCUCGUACGCCUCGACCCUGCCCCAAUUCGACCUCCAUGGCCGUAAACGCAGCAGCUCCGACUCGGCAGGAUCCGAUGACUCCAAUGAGUCGACCCGCUCCCUGUCCUGGCGUGGACUCAACACCUCGAUGCCGCUCUCGUCGGCCGUCUCGGCGACGCGUCCCGUCACCCGCGCCUUCGAUGUCGACUUUGUGCCGAACCCGCAGGACCCUUACUCGUUGCGACAUUCCGAAUACGGCUACGACAUAGACCCCGCACAUCGUACCAUAUCGCAGUACACCCCCGGCGACGAUCUUUCUGCUUCGGAAGAGGAGCCAUCCGUGCUCGUCUAUCUUUUCACCUACGUCAGCUGUCAGUCUCUUGCCUUGACGAAUCCGCUCAAUCGGGAAUUUCAACUGACUCAAAUGCGAUGCUUGCCUUGUUGUCACAGACGCCUUGUUGAUUCUGAUCGGCCACUUGCGCGAUUUCAUCGGCAAACGGCUGUUCCCGCGCGAGUAUGCGCAUCUCAAACCGAGCAACGUGAGUCGUCGAUUGGGGGACAUCUGCACCAACUCGUGUGCUAGUCCGGCGAGCUGAACAGGGAUCUCCGUGACAAAUUCAGGGCUAUGCUCCGCUGUACUCGGAUUUCGACUCGUUUUACACCCGUCGACUGAAACUGCGCAUCGAGGAUUGUUUCGCCCGACCCAUCACGGGUGUCGCCGCUCGCACGGCCACGAUCCUCGACCGCACACCUUCAGAGUUUUUCCACGACUUCACCUUUACGGGCGAAACCACGCAGGCGCUCAACAUCUCGUCGUACAACUACCUCGGUUUCGCGCAGACUCGAGGCCCGUGCGCAGAUCAGGCCGAGGAGAUGGUCAAGACACUCGGUGUCACCGCUGCGGGUGGACGCAACGACGUCGGCACCUCCGACUUCCACGUCCAGGCCGAGCGACUGGUGGCCGCUUUCCUCGGUACCGAGGAUGCGAUGAUCGUGUCGAUGGGAUUCGCCACGAAUUCGACGAGCUUGCCGGCGUUGUUGACAAAGGGUUGCCUCGUUAUCUCGGAUGAGCUCAACCACUCGUCGAUCCGGUUCGGUGCUCGCUUGAGUGGCGCGAUGGUACGUCAGUACAAGCACAACAACAUGAAGGAUCUUGAGCAACUGUUGCGCGAGUGCGUGUCGCAAGGUCAGCCGCGGACGCAUCGACCGUGGAAGAAGAUCAUGGUCAUCGUCGAAGGCCUGUACUCGAUGGAAGGGACGCUGGUCGACCUACCCGUCAUUUUGCAGCUCAAGGAGAAGUACAAGUUCUACCUCUACAUCGAUGAGGCCCACUCGAUCGGUGCGCUCGGCCCGCGCGGUCGAGGUGUGUGCGACUACUUUGGCGUCGACCCCAAGCGGAUCGACAUCCUCAUGGGCACCUUCACCAAAUCAUUCGGUGCCUCGGGAGGUUACAUCGCCGGUAGUCACGCCUUGAUCAACGCUUUGCGCUUGACGUCGCAUUCGCAAAACUACGCCGAAGCGAUGGCCCCUCCAGUCUUGUCUCAGAUUGUCACCUCGAUGGGCUCGAUCAUGGGCCCCGCAGCGCUCGCUUAUGUCCCCGCUCUAGCGAAACUGCCGACGCACCUCAUGGAUGGUCGCGAAGGCCAAGAUCGCCUACGUCGCCUCGCCUUCAACUGCCGUUACCUCUCUGGCGGUCUCAAGAAGCUCGGGUUCAUCGUCUAUGGUCACCGCGACAGUCCGAUCGUUCCUCUACUCCUGUUCUCCCCCGGGAAAAUGGGGUCCUUUUCCCGCAUGAUGUUGGAACGCCACAAGAUCGUCGUUGUCGUCGUCGCUUACCCGGCGACACCGCUCGUCGCUUCUCGUGUGAGGUUCUGUCUCUCUUCGGCGCAUACGAAGGAGGAUCUCGAUCGAAUCCUUCGAGCGACGGAUGAGAUCGGCGGUAUCUUGGGACUCAAGUUGUCACCCAAGGGCCCUAGGAUGGAUGUUGAGGAUGUGAUUAGGACGGGGGUGCAGAUGGUUCGCGAUUCCGAAUUGGAACCUUAUCGACCAUAG